AUGUGUCAUGCAUUGCGAGUGCGAGCGUCAGCGAUGGCAGUUCGUGUGCGGUUGAAGAUGCAAUGUAGUGCGGUUGCAUUGUCGUUUGUUGUUUUUGUUAUAGUGUGCGGUGUAGAUGUAGUGAAUGGAAUGUUCGAGCAUAGACAUUGCAGCCAUCAGCAUCCACGUCCUGAUGAGGUCAUACACGGGGUUCACAUAGAACCUGCCCACGAGGUCAAGAAACGCAGUGUCAAUCAACCCCUCAGAAUUCUCUUGUGGUACGACGAGAGUGUUUAUCGAUUGAAAACAGAAAAAUUCGAGCUCAUCAACAAAACAAUAUUGCCAGAGGCCGUUCAUUUUUGGCAAAGUGCACUGAUGGUACGCGAGACCAAGAAUACGAUACGACUGAACAGGAAAUGCGAGACUAAUCAGGUCUUCGUUAAAAAUCAACACACCUACUGCAUAGACACCUGUCGCGAGACUACGAUGUGCGGCGAGGUUAUAGUUCCCGAAGAACAUCUGGACGUAUGCAGAACGUGCAACGCUACGGGACACGAAUGUGACGAAGCUAAAGGAAGUCAAGCAGGUCCUGGCAUCGAUGGUGCCGACUUUGUAUUCUACGUUUCAGCCGUGCAGACCGAACGAUGUCACAAAGGACUCACAGUUGCAUAUGCUGCACACUGUCAGCAGGAAGCUGCCCUCGAUCGGCCAAUAGCUGGUCACGCCAAUCUAUGUCCGGAGAGCAUCAGCACGAAGCCUCAAGAACUGGAGACCCUGUUAAGUACAGUGAAGCACGAGAUCCUUCACGCCUUAGGUUUCUCUGUCAGUCUUUACGCCUUCUACAGGGAUGAAAAUGGCGAGCCAAGGACUCCCAGGAGAUCGGAUACUGGGAAACCAGCUCUCAACGAGAAACUUCAAACUCAUCAGUGGAGUAACGAUACUAUCAUGACGAUAAUCAGACGUAACUGGCAGGUUCGUGAUGGAGCUAUUGAGAGAACUAUGCAAAUGAUUGUUACUCCAAGGGUCCAAGAAGAAGUACGAGCUCACUUCGGUUGCGACACCCUCGAGGGAGCCGAAUUGGAGGAUCAGGGCGAGGAUGGCACAGCUCUUACUCAUUGGGAGAAAAGGGUUUUCGAGAACGAAGCCAUGACUGGGACUCAUACACAGAAUCCAGUAUACUCGAGAAUAACUCUUGCUCUUAUGGAAGAUACUGGCUGGUACAGCGCUAAUUACUCAAUGGCCCAGGAACUUGGUUGGGGUAGAAAUCUGAAAUGCGAUUUCGCAAUGAAGUCCUGCAAGGAAUGGAUCUCUUCUAAGUCUUCCCGCUUGUCGGGUAAGAAGAUCCAUCCCUUUUGCAACAAAGUCAAACAGGAUCCUUUGCAAACUGAAUGCACUGAUGAUAGGAGUUCCGUUGCAUUAUGCAACUUGGUUGAACACUCCCAACCAUUGCCUAAGAAAUAUCAGAACUUCGAUUCCAUACCGCAUGUACCACCUGGCAAGGAGCGAUACUACGGAGGAUCCGUUUCUCUAGCUGACUACUGUCCCUAUAUCCAGGAGUUUACCUGGAGGGCACGGAAUAUCGUUGUCAGAGGUUCCCAUUGUCUCUACGAGGAAAACAAUCCGCAUCCUGAAAAGAAUUUUGCCUUGGAAAAAUAUGGCACCCACUCGAGAUGCUUUGACCACACUAAUCAAAUGUGGGAAGAAAGAACGUGUAAGCAUGCCAGACAAUGGCAGCAUUGGGGUUCAGGAUGUUAUCAAUACAAAUGCGAAGCUGGUAGACUCCACAUUAUGGUAGCGAACUAUACAUACACUUGCUAUCAUGCUGGACAAGAAAUAGCAAUCAGGAUAAUGCAGAACGAAUGGCUGCACAAGGGAGCUUUGAUAUGUCCACCCUGUAAAGACAUUUGUCAGGCGGAACUCAAAGCCCAGGGCCAAUUCUGUAAAGUAGGCGAUGAACAUCCGCCAGCGACGUAUUAUCACAGGGACAAUCUUGACUGCGGAUCCGCAGGAUUUAUAAUUAACCUAUCUCUACUUAUGGCUAUGGUAGUUCUACCUGUUGUCAGAUGAUCUGCCGUUGAGUUCUAGCUAAUUUUCUAUUGUUAUCGAGAGAGAUACCUAUAAAGAUCAUCGUUAUGAAAAAAAAAAGAAUCAUGCAUCGUCGAAACACCGUGAGAAGGAAUUUAAGUCCUAAGACAAAACGUGAGCUUGACUUUAAUCUGAUAUUAAUUUCUUUUCAUGAAAUUUCACGAAUUCCAUCCUCCUAUUUAUAUAAUUGAUUGUCGGACUCUCAGGUUUGUAAAAGUCACGACUGACAUGAGUCGCAUCACUAAUACCUUUAGACUUUCAAGUUUUAAAUGGGCUUAUAUUUAAAGGUCCUUUCUAGAAAGUAAAGCUGCCUAUCGAGUGAAGUAUGAUUUUGAAAGAGAAAAGUGUACAAUGGAUUUUUUCGUAGAAUUAUGCUUUAAAAUUUUCCUAUAAUACGAGGUACACAGUGCUUCUAUAUAUAUGUAUAUUGUGCUUACAAUAUUAUUGUUAAGCGCAUUCUUUUUUAUUGCGUUGCCUCAAAGAUACCUAAUUUCUUUUUUGAAAAUCAUUGUACUUGGACAGCUCUUAUGAAUUUCGUAAAGCGCAUAAAGAUUAUCGAUUCUAUGGUGCUUGAACGUAAUUAAUUUAUGCGCAGCACGUAUUUUCUUAGAUUCAAAUCGUGUGGAGCAUGAAACGCCAUAUCGUAAAGAUAUUAAAAAGUAAAUAAAAAACGUGGAAUACGAUAAGACGUUUUCAACGAGUAUAAAUAUUGAACAUUACGUUAUAAAUCUAAUAUACGAUUAUAAAGAUAAAAAGAAGUGUAAAUAAUUAAGAGAACAAAUGAAAAACAUAAAAAGAAGAAGAGAAGAAAAAAUGUUACUAUUGAUCAAUCGUUGUCGCACUUGAAGUGUAAAAUCCAAUUAAUCGAACACACGAUUUUUAAGCGUUACGACAUUUAAUUUUUUAAUCAAAUUCCCACUCUUGCGUUAUUAUAUACCGACACACGCACAGUAAAAAUUACACUCAAUUUCGUUAAAUGUUCCAGCCAUGCAUGAAGAUCAAUUUCACACAUGGGCUUUUCAAUGCUUUUAAGAUGAAAUUUGUCUGAUAAUAUUUCCAAGCAAAUUACACCAGUGUUUUCUUCGAAUUUGAAUAAUUCUUCCUGUGCGUACGAAACUUGUGAAAUUAAAUUAAACCUUACGGUACAGUCAUAACCUCGAAAUUACGUUAUAAUUGGUUCCGCCAUAGACGACGUUAGUAAAAAUGAUAUAAGUCGAGCACACAUUAACAUCGAACGGAUGAGGAGAGUGAAAAUUAAACUACGUUAAAAGACGUUAAUACGUAAUCACCCAAUCACGUAAGUCCGGGAGAUAACUGUAUAUUGAUUAUAAAUUAUAAGGAUAAGCCGAAGUACGCGACAGCUGAAACGAUAUUAUUUUGUUGUCGUCUUGCGAUUGAUCCCUAUCGAUGUAUUACAGGUCGAGGCUCGCUCCACAGUUACAAUACUUGGUACGGAAUUCGAUCGAUUUCUUUAAUUAUUGUUUAGAAAUUAAACAUUCUUUAGAUCUUAAGUUAAUUUUGUAAACUGUAGAGGUUAUCAUUCCCGUUCGAAUUUCACACGUUGGCAAAAUACCCAGAUUCUACAUCAAAUGCAUUAAGUCAAUACAGUAUAUUCAUGAAAACUUGAAGAUAAAAAGUGAACAAAAUUCUAAUGGAACUGUGAAAGUUGUAUUAUAAUUCCAAAAUAUAUAUAUAGUUCUUUCACGACAAUAGAAAUUGAUGUAGGAGCCAUGUUUUUUUACUUUCAAAGAGUCCCUCAAACAUCACUCGCUAUUCGUGGACCGACUGUAGUAAUUCCAAAUUCCAAAGUCAAUGUGGGAGCAUCGCUUGCAGUCCUAAAUUAAAAUAAUAAAUAUCGUACCAAUAGAUGUAUCUCAUUAAUUUUUGUACAGAACAACUAAUUGAGUACGAAACAAGUGGCUCAGCGCUGAAUCUUUUGGUAAAUAUCCUUGAAGAUUCGCUGCCAUUGUAAUUACGUUCUAUUCGACUUAGAUUAUCCUAAGGGAACUAUGGCGAAUACUUUACUGGUCUAUGACCUUUUCCCUGCCAUGUAUCAUAAAUCGAUUGAAAUAAAGUCAUUUUUUAAAUAAAAACCGGAUGCGAAGGGCACACUUAUGAAAGAGUGUAAAAUAACUAUCGAUUAAGAAAAUGAAUAGUGAUUCAAUUAGGAGUCUCCGUGAUAAAUUGUACGUCCGUAAAUGGCGGACCAAUACAGUUAUAUGCUUAUUAAAAUCGAUAAAAUGCUUAAUGAAUUUUUUUAAAUCUUCCAAUAAUUUUAAAAUUUCGAUGACCGACUUGUUCUUGAUAAUAAUGCACCAAUGAGAUUGUCCACAUCUUGUCCCUGUUAAAGCAAGACUUCCGUAACCAGUGACAAUACACUAAUGACGUAACGAACUGUUGCAUAAAAAAAGGGGGGAAACGACAAUCGAUGAACGGUACCACCCCAAAAAUAAUCGUUCCCAGCGUUUUCUCGAAGAUUCCAUGCAAAACCGCCAUGACAACACUAAUUCUUAUUAUUGAAUUGAUCGAUGUUCUGUAUAUACAAGGUGAAUAAGAGAUACAAAUCUAGAGGUAUAGAGAUUGGGACAACACAGUGAACAAGUACUAAGCACUGCGUAACCAAUUUAACCUAUAAGACUAUUUUCCCCUUCUGUAAAAUGAUGGCGAUCAGAUUUUUUGAUAUCACAUAUGUUUUUUAAUAAAUUCUGUAUUAAAAUAGAA